GAGGAGAUGGAGCUGAACCUCCCAGCUGCAGCGGAUGCUGAGAAAGGAGCGGGGCGGGCUGGGCUGCCGCUCUGCCCGGAUGUUGCCAGGGCUGCCAUAGCAGCGGUGGGGUGCUGCCAGCCACUGCGCAGGUACUGCCGGGCCCUGGCUGGGACUGGUUUGCUUCUGCCACCCUCACGGGGUGAGGGGGGGGGACAGGCUGCUGUGUCUCUCAAAGUUAGCCAGCAGUUGGAUUCACAUAAUUGGAGGGCGUCUGCAGUGCUUUGUGCUUGGGACUGCUGCUCUAAGGACCUUUGUUUCUGCAGAAGGAUGGCUGCAAAGAAAAAGGAGGUAGUACUGCAGGUUAACAUCAGUAGCCAGGAGCUUUGGGAAGAAAUGCUGUGUCUCAAAGGACUCAUUGCCCUUCUAGCACUCAGCAGGAGUCCUGCCAUACUCCAGACAGAACUAUGGGAGCAACAGCCACAAGUUGCAGCUUGGGAGUUCAUGUUGGACAGGAGGAAAAUCUCCUUCCCCAGGAAGGUGGUGCUGCAGAGGUCACCAGAGGAGACAACCUCAAUCCUCAGAGUUGUUGAUGCGUUUCAAGCCUGGUGUGGUCCAUGCAAAACAGUAGUGGAUCUUUUCAGAAAAGUAAGGAAUGAAGUUGGCAGUGAUCUCCUGCAUUUCGCUGUGGCUGAAGUUGAUUCCAUUGAUGCUCUGAAAAAAUACAGAGGAAAAUGCAAGCCUGUCUUUCUGUUCUAUGCAGGAGGAGAAUUAGUAGCUAUUGUAAGAGGAGCGAAUGCACCAUUGCUGCAGAAGACCAUCCUGGAACAGCUGGCAGUGGAAAGGAAGGCUUUAGAACAUGGAAGAGAGUGUGUGGUGGUACAAGACAGAGCCUUCUCCAGAGAGGAGGGAUACAUAGCUGCUCUUCAGGAAGAACAACAGGAAGGCCAAAUAGGCUAACGCCCCCGUCGGUCCCGGGCCCGAUUUCCCAGCCGUCGUCGUGGAGCGGACGCGGGAUUCCCCAUUAAAUAAAAGGAUUUCGUGCGGCAGCA